UGCGCGGUGAAGUCGUCGUCCGCAUUAACACCUCGUACGGAGCAAGCCGCCCAGCCUGAGAGACCCGCUGGGGAAACCGCCGCCACCAUAGCGCGAGACGCAGACAUGAGUUCGGACAUGUCCAGUCCCCGUCGACCGGGCAUGCUGGAGUUCUUCAGCGGCAAGAACGUCCUGCUCACGGGUAGCACAGGAUUUCUCGGAAAGGUUUUGUUGGAAAAGAUUCUUCGCUCGUGUCCCGACGUUGGAUCGAUCUACCUAAUCGUUCGUGGCAAAAGGGGACUACGCGCCGAUGAUCGCAUUGCAGACAUCCUCAAAAUGCAGCUGUUCCAGAGGCUGAGGCAAGAGAGGCCGCAAGCCUUUCAGAAGAUUGUUGUCCUGGAAGGCGACCUGACUCUUCCGGAUUUGGGCCUCAAGCCCAAGGACAGGCAGCUGCUGGUUGAUACCGUAAACGUUGUCAUCCACUCUGCUGCUACUGUAAAGUUCGACGAGCCCAUCAAGAAUGCCGUCAGAAUGAACCUAAAUGGCACGAGAAGAAUAAUAGAGCUUUGCAACGAGAUGGAGAACAUAAAGGUAUUUGUUCAUGUUUCCACGUGUUACUGCAAUUGCGACAGGGGAGAAAUCAGGGAAGAAAUUUACCCACCCAUUCAAGACCCAGACCACAUAAUCAAAAUAGUUGAUUGGCUUGAUUCGGAGACGCUGGAGUCGUGCCAAUCCAAGCUUCUCGGAGCAAUGCCCAACACGUACACGUUCACCAAGGGGCUGGCCGAGACUCUUGUCCAGCGGGAAUGCAAGGGCUACCCCGUCGCCAUCGUCAGGCCCUCGAUCGUCGUCUGCUCCUGGAAGGAGCCCUUCCCCGGUUGGGUUGACAACUUCAACGGACCCACAGGCUUGAUCGUUGCUGUGGCCACAGGUGUGUUGAAGAGUGUGUACACAGACCCUGACAUGGAAACGGACUUCGUCCCCGUUGACGUUGUCGUCAACUGCAUCCUGGCUUCAGCAUGGAACGUCGCCGUCACCAGGCCAUCCGAUGUGCGGGUCGUGCAGUGCGCGUGCAGCGGGCGCUCACCGCAGCUCCGCUGGCGGGACAUGAAGACCAUCCAGGAGUCCCUGAUGACCGAGCUUUGCUUCAAGAGCGCCAUCCGAUACCCGGACGUCCACCUGAGGCGCAACAUCGUCGUCCACCGGACUUCCAUGUUUCUUCAGCACUAUGUGCCGGCAUGCAUCGGUGACGCCGUCCUUGCAUGCGUCGGGAAGAAGCAGUGGCUAGUCAAAACAUACUACAAGCUCGAGCUCCUCCUGGAGGCUCUCGCCUACUUCACAACGCAUCAGUGGAAGUUUGAGACGAACAACAUGAUGGCCAUAUACAACGACCUCUCCGAGGAAGAAAAGAAGAUCUUCAACUUCGAUGUCAGCACGUUAGAAUGGAGGCCCUUCUUCUACCACUACGCUCUCGGGGCCAGGGACAUCCUCCUCAAGGAAGACCACUCCAAGGUCAAAAGUCGGAACUUCCAGAGGCUGUACGUGGUGAAGCAGGCGACCAACGUGCUGUUCGCCCUGGCCGCCUGGAAGCUUCUGGAUAUGGGUCCCACCUUGUGGCGGUUGUGGGAGUACCUGACGGACACCGUAGCGCCAACGUUUACGGGCUGAUGACGGCUUGGCCGCCGCCUGGCCCAAGCCACGAGAAGGGACCAGCCGCCACCCCAACAGCAGCACAGCACCGUACAGCUCCGCGGAUAGCCACACACCGGGCCACCGUCAUCGCAGGAACUUGCACCUCCACAUCGGGAAGGCACGCGCAUCACCCGAACAGCCAUCGUCACACCCAUCCCGUCCACACUCACCCCCUGUACUCUUUGCUCUCUUUGCAAUGCUGUCAUGUCAUGUUGUUUAUAUAUGUGUCCAUAUAUGAACAGUGAGUAGUAACUUGCGACCGUCUGUACUCGUGUUUCUAUCUAAGCCUCGAUUAGUUUUAGGGACGGGUUACCGUAACAUAGCAAACAGCACGGAGAUAGAAGCAAAUUCGGCAGCAGAUUACUCGGAGGAAGGCAGAGAGAGAGAGUAGAAGCGGGGGGGCCCGUUUAGGCUAGGGUCAGUUAGAAUGGCCCAUUUCAACUAAUGUUCGGGCGAUGUCGAACCCAUGGCGCUGGGCUUUUUUUUCGCGUCGCUGUGCCGGCUGGCUCGUUGUAUGGGCUGCGAGUUUGAACCAGCGAUUAACACGAAUCUGAAUUUCUAUCGGUUGUACCACGAAAAUCUCGGGCUUCAGUUGGCCCAGGCUUCAGUAGUGUAGUCAAAAUAAAAUCCGAAUGGUGUGCUUCUCCUACCAAAUAAAUAUUGUGACUGGCUGCAGCUUUGCAAGUCAGCGCCUUGGGCACACCGCUGAACAAUGGUGUUUACUGCUGAGAAAUCUGUUGCUGGAGGUAUAGGUCGCAGUAGGCGAUGGUCAGUGUUUUCUAGAGGUUCUAAUCCACGCCUCCCAACGUUUGUUCUGUGUCCUGUGAUACGCCUUGUCGGCAGCCAGAGUUCGUUUAUUUUUGUUAUGGCUGCUGACGGUUACAGCUGAAGGUGCUACUGUGUUUAUUCCUUUCGUGGUGCGUACCUGCAUCUUUUACAGUGUCCAGAGUGUCUAUUGGAGUAACUGUUACUCCGUUUGGUUUGUGCUAUAGAGUUCUUUAUGUAUAUGUGAAACCUUUGUGCCGUGUUUAUCAGAAAGGGGGCUACAUAAAGCGCUGCUCCGAAGAAUCUUUAUGCGAUGAGCAUGAGGUAAAAACACACCCGCAGAAUCAAAUGCUAUACGCAUAAAAAGCUAGCCGAAAUUCAUUCUUGUUUAGGCAUCCAUCAGGGAAACAUCGGGCAGCAAGAGCGUACUUACACAUUAUCAUCGCUCGGCAUUUAACUACUGCUUUAACCAUUUUUACGACUGGUAUUCACUCAAAUUAUUUAGGAGCGUUUUUGCUUGCAGGUGCUUCUCUCAUUUAAAUAAACGAGCUGGAAAUUUGUCUUUUUUCUCGUGCUUUUAGUCUUUUAAAAAAAGUUUAUCCUGCUCAUCGGGAAAGUUAUCUCGACGCACAACUUGUGCAGUGCCAUAGUAGUAACUGCGGUGCCCAGCUAAUCAACUGUGACAGAGAUCGCACAAUCUUGUGACGUGUUGUCGCUGCGCUUUUAGGUUAUAACCUAUGGUCCCUAGUUUUUGUCCACUUGUUCUUUCAUCUAGGAAGUCCGAGCUGUGAGGUGAAAAGUGAAUUCUCCGCCCAUACAAGGACAACGUGUACAAAGCCAAUCUGUGCCUGCCAUGCUGACCGUGUGUCGGUGACCUCCUGUUGCUUUUAUUUCCGAGAGUUGUUUCAUACUUAAUGUUUCUAUCCACUUGUCGCACAAUCCUCGGGAAAUGCAGAAUAAGAGAGAACCGCUUCGAGAAAAUCUAGGAUUGUGCUGGCUCACUUGAAUUGUUUUUGUUGACAAAUGCUUUUGCUGCAACCACUUGUUCAUUGACUGAUGAAAAUAAAGACAUUUUCAUUUGU